ACAGCUAGAAAGUGACAGCCAGUAUUUAAAAGGGGGCGAAUGAAUAACUGUCAGUCUGAAAGAUUGACUAUAGGAUUAUUACUCCUCGUACAUUUUUUAAUAGACUUUUACCAACCACGUGGCCUACUGUUUGUAUUCCUAAUCUUGUAGAGUAGAAAAAGUUUUUUUUUGUCUGUUUGUUACCUUUUUCACAAAUUAUGGACAAAGAGCGUACCACAAUGAUUGCAUUCUGGAAGGAGCAUUCUCAGCAUGCCACAGUGGAGGAGAUGAUGCUGGACUCCAAUGCACAGCAGCUGACCGAGCAUGAACUGCCUGAGAUCUUGGGGAUGCUUCCCAGACUGGAUGGCAUUGAUGUAUUGGAACUAGGUGCUGGCAUUGGACGAUACACAAGUCAAUUCAUUGGCAAGGCACAUCAUGUAACAGCCGUGGACUUUAUGGAGAAGUUUGUGGAAAAAAACAAGGAAGAGAACAGUCACCUUGGAAAUGCAGAGUUUAUUCAAGCAGAUGUGACACAGCUGGAGUUUCCUAAAAAGAGUUUUGACCUGAUCUUUUCUAACUGGCUGCUCAUGUAUUUGAGUGAUGAGGAGCUGUGCUCAUUGGCAGAGAAGAUGCUGUCUUGGCUUCGUCCCAGUGGUUACAUUUUUUUCAGAGAAUCCUGUUUCCACCAAUCAGGAGACAGUAAGAGAGAUUUUAACCCCACUCACUAUCGUAGUCCUGCCCAUUAUAACCAUCUGAUGACAUCAGUUAUAUGGGGAGAGUUAGGAGAGAAGGGUAAACAAUCCUAUGGGUUCGAUACAGUCCUGAAUAGAACUGUACAGACCUACAUUAAGGUGAAGAAGAAUCAAAAUCAAGUGUGUUGGCUCAUGCAGAAAGUUUGUCGGGACUCAGUCCAGCAGCACCAAGGAGGCUUCCCCACCUUCCAACAGUUCCUGGAUAACCAGCAGUAUACACACAGGGGAAUUCUGCGAUAUGAGAAGAUGUUCGGCUCUGGUUACGUCAGUACCGGUGGACCCAGCACCACCAAGGAGUUUGUUGACCUGCUGAACCUUAGGCCAGGACAAAAAGUCAUCGAUGUGGGUUGUGGAAUUGGGGGAGGGGAUUUCUACAUGGCCAAGACAUUUGGGGUGGAUGUAUUGGGAAUGGACUUGUCAUCAAACAUGGUAGAGAUCGCUAUGGAGAGGGCUGUAACUGAGAAGCUUCCAUCUGUGCAGUUUGAAGUGUCAGACGCCACUAAGAGAGCGUUUCCAGAUAGCUCAUUUGAUGUGGUGUACAGCAGAGACACCAUUUUGCACAUCAGCGAUAAACUCAGACUCUUCAGAAAAUUUCAUUCGUGGUUAAAGCCUGGUGGUAAGGUGCUAAUCAGUGAUUAUUGCUGUGGAGAGAAGCCAUGGACUCCUGCCUUUCAGGAGUAUGUUACCCAGAGGGGUUACAUCCUUUAUACACCCCAGAGAUAUGGCAAGCUAUUGGAAGAAGCAGGGCUCUCUAAUGUAAGAGCAGAAGACAGAACAGCCCAGUUCAUUCAGGUGAUAAAGAAUGAACUUAAAAGAGCAGAGAACAUUAAAGAAGAAUUUAUCCAGGAGUUUUCCCAGGAGGACUAUGAUGCUGUUGUAAAUGGUUGGAAGGAAAAGUUGCAGCGCUGUGAAGCUGGAGAUCAACGCUGGGGCUUGUUCUAUGCCACCAGAGACUGAGAGACAUAGAAAGAUCCUGCCUGUGCAAUAGGUGCAGAAAGAAAAAGAACAACUGUGACAAUCUGAUGAAGAUUUUGUUUUUAAAUGCCAAAAUAAUUGAAUAAAAUUAAGUAUAUUAGGAUUCUGGAUGAUAUGAUUUUUAAGAAUUUCCUAGAAUUGAAAUGUUACUUAAAUAAUAAAUUGUAUGUAGGCACAAAAUAUAACAUUGUAGUAUAACAAUGUAAACAAAAAAAUAAUUCGCUAAUUACAUGAAUUAUAUCUUAUAUAAUAUAUACUGUGACAAAGUCACAAAGAGACAGUAAGUAGGACAACUUUUUUACGAAUUAAAAAUAUAUAUUCUCUUCAGCACAAACAGUAUGAAAGAAAAUACCACAAGGUCAAAUUAAAUUUAAAUAUAUAAAACAUACAACUGGCUACAUAACCCUACAAUAGAAGUGCUUAUUCUAAAUGUUUUCUUUUUUUUUUACAUACCUUUUUUCAAAAAUGUUUGCAGAAAAAUUAAUAACCUGAGUUUACAGAUUUUUUUUGCAAAUUUUUAACCCAGCAACAUUUAAAAAAACCACACAAAUAAAUAAAAUUAUACAACAACAAAAAAUUGACAUUGGAAAAGGAGGCAUUUACAAUCACAUGUAUGUCUUAUGUAAAGACGUUAUCCAAUCCACAAUCCCCCUUUACUAUCGCAUUUGAAAUAUAUCUUAUAUUAGAAACAGUUUUACACAUCAAAGACACACUGUCUGCACUUCAGCUUUGCCUUUUGAUCUGAUCCAGUGGAGUUCCUUACUUCUGUUCUCAUCACCUGAAAAUCACUUGCUCCUUCUGAGUAUGGCCUAAAAUAGUGUAAAGUUACACGAGAUUACUGUGAAUGAUACCACUUAGAAUCCAUGAAGAUCUCUUCACAAUGCAGUUUUGCUAUGAUGACUUAAAACUCAAACUGCUUUGAUAGAUUUAGGCCUGCAAAUGGCAGAAACAGGUUUGCAUGCAAGUCAUCAUUGGUAAACAGCUAAUAAUUGAGAUAAAAACAGUUAAAUUAAAGAAAAAAAAAAUUCUUAUUAAAAAAAAAGUAUUACACAGUUAUAGAAGGGAAUGAUUUAUAAUAGCAUUAUCUGGCAUGAUACUUUAAAAAUAAAUAAAUAAAUAAAUAAAUAAUAAAAAAUAAAAAAUAAAAAAAUAAUAAUAAUAAUAAUAAUAAUAAUAGUGAUGGAUGGGUUUUUUUAUUAAAUUGGAAAGAACCUAGGUAUUCUGAGAUAUUGGUGGCGGAUGAGAUCAUAGUUACAGUAUACAGGUUGCAGAGAAACUUUAUUAGAAUUGUACUUUUAAUGUGUUUUGGGUGCUUUCAUGGAAAUGGUUGGCUUUAUUUCUGCUAAUCAUCUGUAGCAAAAGCAUUACUAUUAACCUAAUAAAGUGAACCUAUGUUUACUGUG